ACGCCAUCUUUCUCCAAGUCAACUAUGUAUCCUUUGUGUAUCCUACAUGUUUAUGAUGGCAAUUCUAGCCUUUUGUGGUUGUGGCAUAGGACUACAAUACUGAUACCGAAUUGAGACUGUUCUGAGGGCAAAAGGGGGUGCAACUCAAUAUUAGGAAGGUGUUCUGAGGGCAAAAGGGGGUGCAACUCAAUAUAAGGAAUGUGUUCAGUGUAUAUUGUUCUUUCUCUGCCUCUGGCUCUCUCAGGGGAAGGGGACUGAUUUUGUAAUAUCAUGGAUCAGACUCCUCAGUCACUCAUUCCAGCCCAGGACUCUGGUCCACUGUCCUCCAUUACGGCUCAGCCUGCCCCUCCACAGUCCUCCAUUACGGCUCAGCCUGCCCCAACACAGUCCUCCAUUAUGGCUCAGGGUGGUUCUGUUGUCGCUGCACCCCAGCUUGUUGGCUGCAAUGUCGGAGGUUCAGUUUAUCAAAACAUCAGUGUUACUAUCCCUUCACAUGGUGCUGAUGAAGAGCUGCCAAAAGUCAAGGACAAACACAAGUCCAACAUGAAGAAGAAGUUUGGGAGCAUCUUUGAGGGGCUUGGAAAAUGGGGAAACCCAACAUUGCUUGACAAGAUCUACACAGAGCUCUACAUCACAGCUGGGGAGAGUGAAGGGGUUAAUAAGGAGCAUGAGGUAUGGCAGAUUGAAGAUACGGCUCGGACUAAAGCAUUUCAAGACGAUGCAAUCAACUGCAAUGACAUCUUUAGAUCUUUAGACCCUAAGACAGAGGAACAUAAUGACAAAUCCCAAUCCAAACAAGAGGUACCCAUCAGAACUGUGCUGACAAAGGGCAUCGCUGGCAUUGGAAAAACAGUCUCAGUGCAGAAGUUCAUCCUUGACUGGGCAGAAGGAAUAGCCAAUCAGGAUGUAGAUUUUGUCUUCGCACUUUCAUUUAGGGACUUGAAUUUGAUCAAAGAUGACUGCAAUCUCUUGGAACUCCUGAGUGACUUCCACCCUGAACUAACAGAUAUGAAGGACGCAAAGAAGUUUGCCGACUGCAAAGUCGUGUUCAUCUUUGAUGGCCUCGAUGAAAGUCAACUUCCACUGUGUUUCCAUAACAACAAGAUCUUGUCUAACAUAACCAAGACAACAUCAGUAGAAGUGUUGCUGACAAACCUCAUCAAGGGGAAUCUGCUUCCUGAAGCUCUCCUCUGGAUUACCUCCCGACCAGCAGCAGUUGAUAAGAUACCCUCUGACUGUUUUGACCGUGUAACAGAAGUUCGGGGAUUCAACGACCCACAGAAAGAAGAAUCCUUCAGGAAAAGAUUCAGUGAUGAUGAAAACCUGGCCAGCAGAACGAUCUCCCACAUCAAGACAUCAAGAAGCCUCCACAUCAUGUGCCACAUUCCUGUCUUCUGUUGGAUUACUGCCAUGGUUCUUGGGAAAAUGUUGAGCAAAAAUGACAAUGGAAAAGUACCUAAAACUUUGUCUGAGAUGUACAUUCGCUUCCUACUCACUCUGACAAACAUGAAGAACAAGAAGUACCAUGGGGAAAACCAACCAGAUCCUCGUAAUCUGUCAGAGCCUGACGUACAGAUCAUUCUGAAGCUUGGAAAACUAGCCUUCCAAAACCUGGCAAAGAGCAAUCAGGUGUUUUCUAAAGAAGAUUUGAGAAAGUGUGACGUUGAUGUCAAUGAAGCCUUCUUGCUCUCAGGUAUGUGCACAGAGAUCUUCAGAGAGGAGGACCCAAUGUUUCAAGCAAAGAAGUACAGCUUUGUGCAUCUCAGCAUUCAGGAGUUCUUUGCAGCACUCUAUGUUUCCCACCUCUUUGUCUGUGAAAACAUCAACCCGUUUGUGUCAAGAGAGAUCAGGUUACCAAGAUCGAAUGACUGGUAUUUUGGAGAAGGUGAGGACAUCAGGCCACAACCCAGGGGAUCUCAGCAGCAGCAGAAAACACUGCAUGACUUGCAGAGAAGUGCGGUGGAUGAAGCUUUGAAGAGCAAGACCGGUCAUCUAGACCUCUUCCUCCGCUUCCUUCUGGGCAUCUCACUGGAGUCCAAUCAGAUCCUCUUGAAAAGCCUACGGCUCCAGACAGAGGGAGACACAGAGAGCAUCCAGAAGACCAUCCAGUACAUCAAAGAUAGGCUUUCAGACGAAAAACAAAGACAUUAUCCCUCCCCAGAGAGGUGCAUCAAUCUCUUCCACUGUUUGAUCGAGUUGAACGAUACCUCAUUUGUGAAUGAAAUUCAAAGGUUCUUGACAUCCAAGAACCCUUCUGAGAAGAAGCUGAUGCCUGCACAGUGCUCGGCGAUGGCAUAUGUACUCUUGAUGUCAGAGGAAGUGUUAGACAAACUGGACCUGAGAGAAUACAACACGUCAGAUGAGGGGCGUAAGAGGCUGGUCCCAGCUGUUCGAUGCUGCCAAAAGGCCAUACUAGCAGACUGCCGCCUUACAAUGAGUUACUGUGAAACAGUGGCAUCUGCACUACAGCUGCCUGACUCCCACCUGAGAGAGCUGGACCUCAGCGUCAAUGUCCUGUUGGACCCGAAGCCCCUCUUCGUUGGACUGAGCAGUCCCAACUGCCAACUGGAGUCACUUAACCUGAGCCAUAUCAACAUGGAAAGAUCAGGACCAGAGCUUCUAAAGGCUGUGCUGAUGGGUCCUCACAACCAGCCACUUGUGUUGAGAAUCACCAGUUGUGAUCUCAAAGAUGACAUUUGUGAAACCGUUGCCUCAGCUCUCCAGUCAGCUGGCUCAUGUCUGACAGAGCUGGAUCUCAGCUACAACAAACUGACAGACACCGGGGUGAAGCAGAUCUCCAAUGGUCUUUUGAGUCCACACUGUAAACUGAAGAUCCUGCGAUUGACUGGUUCUGAGGUUACAGCGGAGUCCUGUGGAAUUUUGUCCUCUGCUAUAGCAGUCUCUCAGCUCGAGGAGCUGCGUCUGGGCUGCAACAAACUGGGAGACUCUGGAGUAAAGCUGCUGUCUGCUGGACUGAUGGAUCCACAUUGUCAGAUACAUACUCUGGGGCUAAGGGAGUGUAAUCUCUCCAGACGUUCCUGUGUCUCUCUGGCUCCUGUUCUGUGGUCAUACUCAGUACUGAGAGAGCUGGACCUGAGAGACAACAAUCUGUGGUACUCUGGAAUGAGGCUCCUCUCUGCUGGACUGAGGAACCCCAACUGUAACUUACAGACUCUUAGGCUUUCUGGUUGUCUAGUCACAGAGAAAGGCUGUACAUUUCUUGCCUCCGCUCUGGAAUCAAACCCCUCCCACCUGAGAGAACUUGACCUGAGCUUCAAUCACCCAGGAGACUCCGGAGUGAAGCUGCUCUCUGCUAAACUGGAAGAUCCACACUGUAGACUGGAGAAACUCAGUUUGGACCAUGGUGGAGAGUCCAAAAUCAAACCAGGCCUGAGGAAAUAUGCCUGCCAGCUGAAGAUGGACUUUAGGUUAGCAGAUGAUGACCUGACUCUGUCCGAGGACAACACGAGGGUGGUGAGGAGAACGCAGGUUCACCUAAAUCCUUAUUUUGAUUUCUCGGAUUCAGAUGACUCAGAUUUCUCACAUCGGACCAAAAAGUCGGAUAGGUGGGCCAAAGUACGCUGCAGGGAGCCCCUGUCUGAUGGUCGUUCCUACUGGCAGGUUGAAUGGACUGGCUGGGUUGACAUUGGGGUGACAUAUACACCCAGAUGGGGUAUGGAGAAUAAGAGGUGUUUUGGGCUUUUUGCUGCAAUGAACACGUCUCCUCUGGUACACUGA